UUGAGUGAAAUUAACACAAAGGAGAGACGAGGACGCACACUAGUCGGCGAGGUCGCGGAUACGAGACACACCGGAGAAAUAUUUAAUGACGAUAAAACUUGAACUUUUCCCUUUAUUUAUAUUUCAACAAAGCACCACAGUGGAUUUUCCAGCGAUCGGAGAUACUAAAGCUACUAACGAGGAGUUGAUUUGAUAAAAGCCCCGAAGUGACCAAGCUUGUUGGGAGCCUUAAGGAAGACCAUGGAGUAGCAGACUUCAGAUUAACAGCUAACUGAUUAGCUCCUCACUCCACAAAACGCCACCCUCCAUCCGUGGGCCCUCCACCCAGCCAUGGCUGACCCAGGGAUGUUGAGUUUGUUUGGGGAUGACACAGGGCUGUUUUCAGAUGGUUUGGAUGGUUUAGGAGACUGUUUUCCUCAGCAGCCUGCCCCAGGCCAGUCCAACCCUCUUGCCCAGCAGUCUAAUCCCUCACUGGGCCAUGAGCACCAGGGCGCCCAAGGGUACCACCAAGGAUUGCUACAUGGAGCCGGACCCAACCCAGGACAGCCUAAACUGGGGCAACUCUACGACCAUGGUUCCUAUUCUGGCUAUGAUCCACCAGGGGCCCCUGGAGGACGAAUGAUGACCCAGAAUGGACCCAGCCAAGGGCCCCCAAAUGUUAACGCAGCCAUGAAUGGUAUGGCGGCUCGCUACCAUAACAACCCUGGUAACCCUGGCCCCCCUCACCAUGGUUACUCGGGUGAUGCAGGGGGAGCAAGCGGAGGGGGCGGAGUUUGGGGGCAGCAGCAGAGCCGGUCAGCCUAUCAACAGCCUCCAACGCAGACGGGGGGCGGGCCCAACCAGAUGGGAGCCUAUCAGAUGUCUCGGGGCGACUAUAGUGGGAUGCAAGGACCGCCUGCUCCCAAUCCAGGCCGCAUUAACCAACACUACCCUCCUCAGAGCAUGGCACCUCCUCCUGCUCAGGACCCGGCUCACUACCUUGGGCAUGUUGGGAUGGGUGGAGCUCAGAUGAGACAUCCCCAGCCCCAGCCACAACCCCAGGGAUACCCAAAUAUGGGCCACACACCCAGAUACCCUCACUCUCCCUCUCGUCAGCCGCCACAUCCCCACCAGCACCACCAAGGCAUUGGAGGGUUUGGGGGUGGCCAGUACCCUGGCUAUCAAGCCCAGUAUGGAGCCAUGGGCCAGGGGUUGGGCCCCGGAAUGGGCCAAGCCACAAAUGCUAGUGUCACUACUAACACCAGUCAGGCCAUGGGACCAGGGCAGCUCGGCCAGAGGUAUACACAGGGAUCAGGCCCUUCACCGGGACCACAGGGACAGCGAUAUCCACCUGGACCGUCACACCAGCCCCAUCAGCCUCAUCCUGCCCAGAUUCAGCAGCAGGCAGGGCAGCAGGGCCAGCCUAUGCACCCCCAGAAUCAUCCACAGCACCCCCAGAAUCUCCCCCAGCCCCAAACUCAACCCCAGCCUCACCUUGUCCCCCCAGCUCAGGGAUCUUAUCCUUCCCCCUCCUCCAUGUCCCCCAUGCGGGGGUUGGGGACCCCAACUCCACCUCCCCAGCAGGGAAGACCACCCAGUACAGGGCACACUGCCCCACCAGAAGUUUCGGGGUACACAGCUCUCCAGUCCCAACCCAACUCCAUGAUUCCUCAACCACAGAGAAACCCCCAAACCUCUAUGUCUGGCCCACACCCCCAGCACCAGCACCCCCACAAUAUUCCUCCCAGUGCAGGGCAGAUGUAUCCUGGCAUGGGGCUGCAGCGUGGGCCUCAAAUGGCCCCAAAUCGGUCACAGCAAGGACCUAAUGAAGCCACAGUCAGUCAGGGAGGGGACCAGCGUUUGCUCCAUACCCAACAACAGGCUUCUCGAGGUGGGCAGGCGCUGCAGCCUGCUCCGCUGGGCUUCCAGGGUCCAGCUGUCAGUCAGCACGGAGGCCCGCCCCCAAACCAAGGCUUAGCACCACCUACUCAGAGUGCUCAGAUGCACGCACACCUGCCCCCUCACUCCCACCACCUGCAGAGCACACCCCCUCCCCCCAGCCAGCCUGCCCACCCCUGGGCACCUCCCACCUCUGUUUCACACCCCCUCUCCUCACCCCCCCUCACCCCACAGAAAGUGCCUCACGUACAGCAUUCCCCCUCGGACCUAUCGGGCGACGCCUUCACAACAGUUCCUGAUAGGCCGAUGGUUGCCACCGGCGCCUCUGGCCAACCUAUGGGCAUGGAGCAGCCUGGCGACAGGGAGACCAAGCCAAAAAAGAAGAAGAAGAAGAAAGCAAAAGUAAUGGAACAAGAGGGAGGGAAGAAGGCUGCAGGAGAAGAUGGCGGAGAGGACAGGAAGCCAGAAGCCCUUGGAACAGGAAGUGAGUUGGGGGACCAAGUGACAGGCGGAGUGGUGCAGGGAUCGUCACCACCAGUGGAGGAGAAGAAAAAACGAAAGAAGAAACCAAAGGAGAAGGCGGAGGGCAAGGAGCCGAAAGAGCCCAAGACCCCCAAGACGCCUAAAACCCCCAAAACGCCCAAGACCCCCAAAGAGCCCAAGGAGAAGAAGGCCAAGAGCUCCACACCCAAGACCAAGACCCCGAAGAAAACCAGCAGUAAGAAGGCCGAGUCAGAGGGUGGGACUAGUGCUAGCAAGAAAGACUCAAAGAGGAAGAGAGAGUCUUCAAUCAGUGAUGACGUGGAGGUGAAGUCUCCACCCGCCUCACCUCCCGAAGAAGACGAUGAUGAUGGCAUCCAGAAACGUCGCUCCAGUCGUCAGGUGAAGAGGAAGAGGUAUACCGAGGACCUGGAGUUCAGGAUAUCAGAGGAAGAUGACAGCGGAGAUGAUUCACCAGCACCUAAAUCCCCAUCCCAGCAGCAGGAUGUGGCCGAAACAGAAGGUCUUGUUGUAGAGAAGAUCAUGAGCAUGCGCACCACCAAGAAACAGCUUGGGUCAGGAGAGGAAGUGGAAGUGGAGGAAUUCUAUGUCAAGUUUAAGAGCUUUUCCUACCUCCAUUGUCGCUGGGCAGACUUGGAGGAGUUGGAGAAGGAUAAGAGGAUCCAUCAGAAAGUCAAGAGGUUUAAGGCCAAGCAACAGCUCAACAACUUCAUCACUGAGAUGGAUGAUGAGCCGUUUAACCCUGACUACGUGGAGGUGGACAGAGUCCUGGACUUUUCAGAAAGCACAGAUGAAAACGGCGAGACUGUGACCUUGUAUCUAGUUAAAUGGUGCAGUCUGCCCUAUGAGGACUCCACCUGGGAGCUGAAGGCUGACAUCGACCAAUCCAAGAUAGAGGAAUAUGAACGCAUAGUAGCACGCCAACCUAACACUAAGAGAGUGGAUCGGCCUCCGGCAGUCGAUUGGCAGAAGUCGGAAAGUUCCAGGGAAUACAGAAAUGGCAACGCACUCAGGGAGUACCAGCUAGAAGGCCUCAACUGGCUAUCCUUCAACUGGUACAACACACGUAACUGUAUCUUGGCAGACGAGAUGGGUCUAGGGAAGACCAUCCAGUCCAUAACAUUCCUCUUUGAGAUCUACAUGAAGGGCAUCGAGGGGCCAUUCCUGGUCAUUGCCCCACUCUCAACCAUUCCCAACUGGGAGAGAGAGUUCAGAACCUGGACUGAGCUCAAUGUGGUGGUCUACCAUGGCAGCCAGGCCAGCCGUAAGACCAUCCAGGCCUACGAGAUGUAUUAUAGAGACGCACAGGGUAAGGUAAUAAAGGGAGCCUAUCGUUUCCAUGCGGUUAUAACAACCUUUGAGAUGAUUCUCACGGACUGUCCAGAGCUGCGCAAUGUGCCAUGGCGCUGUGUGGUCAUAGACGAAGCCCAUCGGCUGAAGAACAGGAACUGUAAACUACUGGAAGGACUCAAAAUGAUGGACAUGGAGCACAAGGUGCUACUUACAGGGACUCCUCUUCAAAACACAGUGGAGGAGCUCUUCAGUCUGCUUAACUUCCUGGAGCCGGAGCGAUUCCCUUCUGAGCAGACCUUCAUGACAGAGUUUGGAGACCUCAAGACUGAAGAACAGGUCCAGAAACUUCAGGGCAUUCUGAAGCCCAUGAUGUUGAGGAGACUAAAGGAGGAUGUGGAGAAGAACCUGGCUCCUAAGGAGGAGACUAUCAUCGAGGUGGAGUUGACUAACAUCCAAAAGAAGUACUACAGGGCCAUUUUGGAGAAGAACUUCUCCUUCCUCUCCAAGGGAGGCUCAGGGGGAGGUGGGGGAGGAGGAGCUAAUGUUCCCAACCUUCUCAACACCAUGAUGGAGCUGAGGAAAUGCUGCAACCACCCCUACCUCAUCAAUGGAGCAGAGGAGAAGAUUGUUGAAGAGUUUCGGGACUCCCAUGGUGGGAGGGCAGACAUGCCAGACUUUGCCCUCCAGGCCAUGAUCCAGGCUGCCGGCAAACUGGUGCUGAUUGACAAACUGCUGCCCAAGCUAAAGGCUGGAGGCCACCGAGUCCUGGUGUUCAGUCAAAUGGUUCGCUGUCUGGACAUACUGGAAGACUACCUCAUCCAGAAACGAUAUCCUUAUGAGCGGAUUGACGGCAGGGUGCGUGGUAACCUGCGUCAGGCAGCCAUAGAUCGUUUCUCCCGGCCCGACUCAGACCGCUUUGUCUUCCUGCUGUGUACCAGGGCUGGAGGGCUGGGAAUCAACUUGACUGCUGCCGACACCUGUAUCAUCUUCGACUCUGACUGGAACCCUCAAAAUGACUUGCAGGCCCAGGCCAGGUGUCACCGUAUUGGCCAGUCCAAAGCUGUGAAGAUCUAUCGUCUGAUCACCAGGAACAGCUAUGAGAGGGAGAUGUUUGACAAGGCCAGUCUGAAGCUGGGACUGGACAAGGCAGUGCUCCAGAGCAUGAGCGGGCGAGAGAAUGCAAACAAUGGGGUACAGCAGUUAUCCAAGAAAGAGAUUGAGGAUCUGCUGAGGAAGGGAGCAUAUGGAGCGCUAAUGGAUGAAGAGGAUGAGGGCUCCAAGUUCUGUGAAGAAGACAUUGACCAGAUCCUCCAGAGACGAACUCAGACCAUUACCAUAGAGUCUGAAGGCAAAGGGUCUACCUUUGCUAAGGCCAGUUUUGUUGCAGCCGGUAACAGAACGGAUAUUUCUCUGGAGGAUCCAGACUUUUGGCAGAAAUGGGCCAAGAAAGCAGAACUAGACCUGGAUGCCAUCAAUGGACGGAACACAUUAGUCAUUGACACUCCCCGGGUGAGGAAGCAGACACGGCACUACAGUAGCGUCAAAGAAGAGGAGAUGCUGGAGUUCUCCGAGCUGGAGAGUGAUGGAGAGGAGCCAACCAAACCCAUGUCCAAACCACGUCGGCCCCAGGACAGAGCCCAGGGUUAUCCCAGAUCAGAGUGUUUUAGAGUGGAGAAAAACCUGCUGGUCUACGGUUGGGGUCGCUGGGGGGACAUCCUGUCACAUGGACGUUUUAAGCGCCCCCUCCGAGAAGUUGACGUGGAAACCAUCUGCCGCGCCCUAUUGGCCUACUGCCUUCUGCAUUACCGUGGUGAUGAAAACAUUAAAAGCUUCAUCUGGGACCUGAUCGCUCCGAGUGAGGAUGGAACAACCAAGACACUUACGAAUCACUCAGGUCUCUCCACCCCAGUCCCUCGGGGCAGGAAGGGUAAGAAAGGGAAGCUCCAGCCUCCGCCUCCUCAAACCCCACGAGCCGAUUGGCUGGCCACUUGCAACCCUGACCAAUUAUUGCAGGAGGAUAGCUACAAGAGGCACCUGAAACAUCACUGUAACAAGGUGUUGUUGAGGGUGAGAAUGCUGUACUACCUGCGACAGGAAGUCAUAGGGGAUGCAGCGGAACGCAUCCUGGAAGGAGCCGAAUCCAGUGAGUUGGACAUCUGGAUUCCUCAGCCCUUCCAUGCAGAGGUCCCAGCUGACUGGUGGGACAGUGAGGCAGAUAAGGCGCUGCUCAUUGGUGUCUUCAAACACGGCUAUGAGAAGUACAACUCUAUGCGAGCCGAUCCCUCCUUGUGUUUCUUGGAGCGGGUUGGCAUGCCUGACGCCAAGGCCAUCGCCGCAGAGCAGAGGGGCACCGACAUGAUGGCAGAUGGUGUAGAGGGUGAGGAUGAGGACCCAGAGUACAAGCCACUGAGGAUGCCUUUCAAAGACGACCUGGAUGACUUCACCAACUCUCCUCUGGACGACAAGGAUGACACCAUGGAGGGAGAGACAGAAGCCAAAUCAGGCGAAGAUGGUCGAGGAGGAACUGCAGGGGGUGGAGCCUCUGGCCCAACAGAGAGGCUCUAUUGGCCAGCAGCCUCUGCACUGACUGCCCGUCUGCGUCGCCUCAUCACAGCCUACCAGCGCACAAACCGGCGAGAACAGCUUCGCCAGGAGGCCCUCAGCAGACCUGAUGGACGCCGGCGGCGUAGAAGAGAGUUCCUACCCUCCAUUGGCGUGGUUGCAGAAGGGGGAGGGGCAACCUACACCCAAGACGGAGGAGCAGGGGGGUUUGUGACAGAAAGAAACCCUUAUUUUGCCAAAGGAAGCCCUUAUUUGGCCAAGGGGGCACAGUUCAUGCCAGAGGCAGCAGCAGUAGCAGCGCAUGCUGCCCUGAUGGCAGAGGGAGCCAUGUUCUAUAAGGAAAGAAGACAAAGAUGGACUCGUCGCGAGGAAGCUGAUUUCUACCGGGUCGUGUCCACCUUUGGCAUUGUCUUUGACACCCAGCGACAGCGGUUCGACUGGACCCAGUUCAGGGCCUUCGCCCGGUUGGACAAGAAGACCGAUGAGAGCCUGGAGAAAUAUUACUACUCAUUCAUUGCCAUGUGUAAACGUGUCUGUCGCAUGCAGGUCAAGACUGACACAGAACUUCCAGACCCGACCCUGAUCAUCGAUCCCAUCACAGAGGAGCGUGCCUCUCGUACACUGUACCGUAUUGAGCUGCUCCGCCGUAUCAGAGAGCAGGUCCUCCCACAUCCGCUUCUCUCUGAGCGUCUCAAGCUCUGCCAGCCCUCCCCAGACCUCCCUGAGUGGUGGGAGUGUGGCCGUCAUGACCGAGACCUCCUCCUGGGUGCCUCUAAGCAUGGAGUGAGCCGGACGGACUAUCACAUCUUAAAUGAUCCAACCUUGGCUUUCUUAGAAGCCCACCAUCGCUUUACUGCCCAGAGAGGGGCUGGAGCUGGGGUCGUACCCCAGGGAGAGAUCACCAAAGCAGGGGUAGGGACAGUGAACGUCACCCCUGCUCCUCUGCUCAGCCCAGAAGAGCUGGCUUGCGCUGAAGCUGCUGCCAGUCCAAUUGUUAUGGCCACUAAAGAUGAGGCUGAGGAGGAUGGAGAAGAAAAGGAGUUAAAGACAGACAAGAAGACCGAGAUGGAGGUGAAAAACGAGGUGGAUGGAGAAAGGACUGACGACAUUCCACACACAAAGACUGAAAAACCUGUCAAAGAGGAGCAUAAAGAGGGCAGAGAGGAAAAAGAUAUAGCCAUUCUCUCUCCUGAGGAGGUCAAGAAGGAAGAAGAGGAGGUGGCCUUAUUGAAAGGAGAAAAGGGGGCAGAACUGAAUGAGGAGGCAAGUGGAGGAGAAAAGACCAGUUCUAAAAUGGAAGAUGAUCCAGAAAAAGAUGCGCACAAAGAACAGGAGGAGAAGUCGACUCCUGUCAAUACUCCAAGGGAGCAGAUGGACAUGACCACAGAGCUACCAGAAGAUUCCACCCCCUCUCCCAAAACACAGCCCCUCCUCAAGACAGCAGUGGAGGAGGAUGAGAAAGAGGAAGAGAGCCCCGACAUCACAAAGUCCCCCAAAUCAGCGGGCACAGAAAAAAGCCGGGAGGAUGAAGAAGAGGAGAGGAUGGAUGAAGAUGACAAGUCAGAGAAAUCAUCUCAGGCUGAGGCGAGUGCUGCCUCAGAACAGAAGAACUUUGAUGAGGAAAGCAUCGCGUCUUUAAGCACGUCUGCCCGGGACGAGACCCGAGACGGAUUCUGUCACGACGACCUUCCUGAACCUUCUGCCCUGCAGGCCCUGCAGGAUCGAACCUACGCAUUUUCAUUCUGGCCUAAGGAUCGAGUGAUGAUCAACCGGAUGGAUAAUGUAUGUGACGCGGUCCUGAAGGGCAAGUGGCCUGUCAACAGACGACACCUCUUUGAUUACCCUGGCAAUCUGUUACCCGGGUAUGGCUCCACAACAAGCACUGCAACUGUAGCCACAGUGACUGAGAGCCCGCUGCAGAGGCGGAGCUUAGCCGAGCUGUCGAUGGCCUCCGCUCACCCCACCUACAGUGGAAGUGAAGAUAUAACGCUAUCGCCUCAGGUUAAUGACGACCCUCUUAGCCUGACAGUGCCACGCCAGAGGAGGCGACGGAGGAGAAAGGUGGAGAUUGAGGCAGAGAGGGCUGCCAAGCGACGCAACCUGAUGGAGAUGGUAGCGCAGCUCCGAGAGAACCACGCAGCUGCCGAGAGCCAGAACCAAGCUAUAGAUCUCACUAAGGGCAUUCCCCAUCACCACAAGGCCUCAUCCUCAAUGGCUGGCUUUCCCAGCACCAUGGGGACCAACCCCUCUCUCAAGGCCCAGAUGGAACUGCUCCAGCAGACCCCUUCCCCUGGUCACAGAGCCAAUGGCUCACUGGAUCCUGACCUACCCAUCAUGAGGAGGAGACGUGGGCGCAGGAAAAAUGUGGAGGGACUCGAACUCCUGUUCAUGGGAAACAAAAGAGCAGGGGAUGACUCUGAAGGGACCAAAGUUCCAGGUGCAGAGGGGGUCCAGGAUGUUUCCCAUACCCAUAGGCCUCUCAGUGUGUCUGGGCUGAGCCCCAGCACCAGGCCCCCAGCCUCCAGUGGUCUGGAGGAGGGUGAUGCAGGAGCAACAGCAUCUUCUAACAAAGAGCUGAGGGACUGGCUGAGGCAGCACCCUACCUUUACCAUGGACAUGGCUGGAUUCACACCAAAGAGUGAGGACUUAAUGCUAUCUCAGUUCUCCAAGCCCAAACAGAAGCGUCACCGCUGCCGGAACCCAAAUAAGAUUGACAUCAACACCCUGACCGGUGAUGAGAGAGUGCCCGUGGUCAACAAACGCAAUGGACGAAAGAUGGGCGGGGCCAUGGCUCCACCAAUGAAGGAGCUCCCUAGGUGGUUAUUGGAGAACCCGGAGUUUGCCAUCGCCCCUGACUGGACAGACAUUGUCAAGCAGUCGGGCUUCCUCCCUGAGGCAAUGUUUGACCGUUUGCUGACAGGCCCAGUUGUCAGGGAGGAGGGCGUCCGUCGUCGGGGGCGACGGCCCAAGUCGGAGAUUGCUAAGGCGGCAGCAGCCGCCCAGGCAGCGGCUGCCCAGGCUUCUCUGGCCACAGCCACUUCAUCUACAGGAGGUAUCAACCCUCUUCUGUUGAACAGCCUGUUUGGAGGAAUGGACCUGUCUUCUCUCCAGAGCCUGCAAUCUCUCCAGUUGGCUGCUGGGCUGAUGGCCUUCCCCCCUCCCACUGACCCCAAGCAGGCCGCUGCCAACGCCGCCGCUGCCUCCAUGCUGCCGCUCAUGCUGCCUGGCAUGGGAGGACUCCCCAACAUGGCCACUGCCCUCCCCGGCAUGUUUGGUCUGGGUGGGCUGUUCGGUGGCAACCUGGCGACGGCCGCAGCCGCUGCAGCAGCAACCAAUGCUGUGGUUACCGGGGCAGCGGGCAGCACCAAUGGAACGAUGGAGGGUGAAGGAGAGGUAGAAGAAACAACCAAGAGGAAGAGGGGGGAAGACGAGGAUAAUGAGGAAGAGGGGGCUGUAGAGGAGGAAGAGGAGGCGGACGCAAAGGAAGACAGGAAGAAGGUGAAGCGCAGAAAGCAAGAGAAGGAAGGUGAGGCUGAGAAAACAGAGAAGUCUAGUGAUGACGCGACUGCAGCCCCAGCCCCAACAAUCCCAGUUGUCGACCAGUCAGCUGACCGCUCGGUCAAUGGCGACACAGCAGCCCUGCUAGCUGCGGCCGGCAUGUCUGCCAACUCCAUGGCAUUCAAUCCUUUCCUCCUCUCCACCAUGGCCCCGGGUCUCUUCUACCCCUCCAUGUUCCUACCGCCGGGACUUGGAGGUCUCAGCCUGCCCGGCUUCCCUGCUGCCACGGCCUCCACCCUGGCCGAGCUCCAGAGCGCCAUGGCCGGUGCCCUGGGGGGAAGCGGAUUGAACACAAACCCCCCGCAGGAGGACGAAGAGCAGGAAGGGAGGGAGGAAGAGGAUGCAGCAAAAAGUGCAGGCGAGCAGGCAGAGGAGGGCAGAGGCAAGAGUGACUUGGCUGAGGAGAAAGCCGAGAGUGCAGCGAGAGCGGAGGAGACGGGAGGAGAGAGGGAGGACUCGCCGAUGGACAGUGGAAGGGGAGGAGAGAACAAGGAGAGAGGGGAGUCGUUGUCUCAAGCGAAGGACAAGAGUGACUGAAAUAAAAUAACAAAACUGACUGGCUUUGGAUGUUCCUUACCCAAAACCCCUCUCUCUCUGUAACCCCACCUCUCUCCCCCUCGACCUCUCUCCCUUUCACCACGCCACGUUUAGAGACCUCCCCACCUGAAAUAUCCAAACCCUUAUUAUUAUCGAUUCAGUUUUUUUUGUUUUUUUGUUGUUGUUUUUUUCCCCCUUUGGUGAGAUUUUUUUUUUUUUUGGCCAGCUAUAUUAACUAUGUGUCAGAGGAUUGCACACGCGUGUGUGUGUGUGUGUAAAUUAAGUCUCUGAGCGGUAGUCUAGUCAGGGAAAUUUUAACAGUAAGGACUCACUCAGAGCUCGGCUUACAGUUGAAGACUGUUUCUUUCUC